AUGGCACCACCAAAACGGCCUCUGGGGCAAGUCGAUACGAAUCCCAUUUUACCACUGGAAAAGAGGAAUAAGGGGAAGGAUAAUAAUGAUGGUAUCUUGGAGGGAGAGAAAAGGGAGGGGAAGAGGGCGGAGAAGAGGGGCCAGGAGAAUGGGGAAGGGAGAGGAGAAUCGAUGGAGAUAUUGACGAAGAAGGAAUUGAUAAUGUUAUUGAAGGGGAGGGGCUUGUCGAUUAAUCACGGUGCGAAGGAAUCGGCAGGUGGUGAAAUGGGUGGGAAGACUGCAGCCACUGCGCAGAAUCGGGAAUCUGCCGCUUCGACGCCGCCAAUUGUUGAGGAAUCUCAUGCGAAUUCUUCGAGGAAUAAAAUAUCGGCUUCUAAACCAAGCGGGAAUGAGAAUCAAUUGGAUUACAGGACAAAGGAUGAUAGUAAAUUGAGAACAUUAUUGAGAGAUUGGCGAGUAAUGGAACCAAAGGAGGUGGAGAGUAUCUGGUACUCGGGAAGAGAUGAUUCAUCGCUUAGAGACCUCUCCAUACAACUACGAAUCCUACAGCUUCGAAGAACUCUCCCUUAUACUCAAAAACCGCCACCUGACAAAUACCAACCACGGCGCCAAUUUGGAAGAAACAAAAAAUUACGUGCUGCUAGAUUUUGCGGAACAGGAAAGAAGGAUGAGGAACAAGUUCUAAAAGUCUUGUCUGAUCCAACUAUACCUUAUGAGACGUUGGAAUACCUUGGGUCUCAUCGCCUUGCAAUUACCCGUGGUCUGUCGACACUAGGUGUAAAUGAGGCUAUCAUCAAGCGGCUUCGAGUUGAUGAUCAAAAGCCGGAGUCGAAGAGCAAAGAUAAACAGUAUAUGAGUAACGCUAUCGAGAGAUUGACGGCCUUGACAAAAAGGCAUACCGAUGCGUACGACAAAAUGAAGAAGAAAUUGGAAGAAAGAGUAGGACAUCCCAUUAAGGAUAUCGCAGCAGUGAUACGGCAUUUCGAGGCCCUAUGCAAACGAGACCAGGGAAUCGUAGACAAUUAUCAGCCCACUCGCAAGCCAGCACCUCCAUGCGAUUAUGACUGGAAAGCCUCACAUUGGGCGAACCGAAGCACGAGAGAAUUACAGGAUAUCUGUCAAAGAAGAGGAACACAACUGAGCGGCUCGAAAGCAUCAAUGAUCAAGUAUCUCGAGACAGGCGUUAUAGAUUACGAGAAUUUGUAUAAUGCUUCUCUGGAGGGGAUGUGUACGCAGAGGGGAAUCAAAUAUAAAUGGAACGAGACAAGACUGGAUCUCGCGGGGAAACUUAGGGAGACGGAUGACAAGGAAUUAGUUUAUAGAGAUUUAGGAGUCACGGCGCUGAGGAAAAUGUGUAAGGAGCGUGGGGUUGGGGUUAAGGCAUCAGAAUCGAAACAGGAGUUGGUGACUAGGCUUAGGGAGGCGGAUGAGAAUGCUGGUGGGGGCUAA